AUAAAUAGUCGAUGGGUGGAGAUGCUGCAAGGUGGACUGAUAAAUAGUCGAUGGGUGGAGAUGCUGUAAGGUGGACUGAUAAAUCAUUUAUAUUAAAUAGAGCUAGAUGAUAGGAUAUUGACGGACAGAUUGGUCAAGAUGGAAUCCAGCUGCAAUCUAUCAAACAAUCGUGUAACGAAUGUGCAGACAGGAGAGACUAUUACGUUAUCCUCUCUUUGGGAAGAGGGCGCAUGUGUGAUCCAGUUUUUACGACGUUUCGGUUGCCCAAUUUGUCGAAUGGGAGCACGUGACAUUACACAUUUGAAACCAAGGCUUGACGCCGCCAACGUUCGUCUGGUAGCCAUUGGUCAAGAGGAGACUGGAGCUAAAGAAUUCAUUGAAUCGGGAUUCUGGACAGGAGAUUUAUUCAUUGACCAGCAGAAGAAGACAUACGGAGACUUGAAAUACAAACGAUAUAACUUCUUGACAAUUAUGGCAAAUUUAAUGUGUAAGAUGACAAGAGAGGCGGUUAGCAAGGCAACUAGUGAAGGUAUCACGGGUAACAUGACUGGGGAUGCCCUUCAGAUGGGUGGAACACUAGUUAUUGAUAAAGGUGGUAAAGUUCUCUUGGACUUUAAACAAGAAACACCCGCUGACUCAGUCCCAUUAGACCGUGUACUACACGUCCUUGGGAUAGGACGUCAAAGCCGUACACUCAGUGUGGAGUCUCGCUAAAGUAUCGACAGAGGGCAGUGCUAAGCCGUACAUUCAGUGUGGAGUCUCGCUAAAGUAUCGACAGAAAGCAGUGCUAAUGCUGAUCUCAUUUUGUUGUAGCAGUAGACAAAGAUAAAUGUCUCUUUUCAUGUUCACACUUUUGUAAUUUCUCUUUAAUGUUUACACUUUAAACAAAGUAACUGUAAAUCAAUAUACAAUCCACAUUUGGGCAUAUAUUUCUGCUUUUUUGCGAAUUUAGGUCGAAGUAGUGCCAUCUUAACCGCUGAAGGCAAAAUUUAGACAAUAUUGAAUGGACAUUUUGCAACCAAAACCCUUGAACCGCAAUUUUACCACUACCGGUCUUUACCUUUAAUACCGUUGGCAAUACAAAGCUCUUACGCCCUUCUUGCGGGUAGCCGGGUUUCAAUUUCAUUUAUUCAGAUAUAAAAUUUAAACUGGUCAUUGUGAAUAAGCAAAUUCUAAAGGGCUUUUAUUUCGAUUGUUUUAAUCAUUAUGUGUACAUUGCCGUGAUAGAGGAUUAUCCAAA